AGUUGAGGAUGGCAGCCCCCUGGCGAAUAUGCUGCAAUAAAAAAUCCAAAACUAAGAAUGGAAAAGCUGAAAUGGACAAUAUGGCAGACACAAGUGAAAAAAUGCAGAUGAAAAAAGAAAUCACGUUACUAAAUGGAGUUUCUUUAAUUGUAGGGAACAUGAUUGGCUCUGGGAUAUUUGUAUCACCCAGAGGGGUUUUAAUGUACAGUGCUUCCUAUGGACUCUCUCUAGUCAUCUGGGCGCUUGGCGGAAUGUUUUCGCUGUUUGGAGCUUUGUGUUAUGCUGAAUUGGGAACAUUCAUCGUUAAAUCUGGAGGCAGUUAUGCCUAUAUCCUGGAAGCAUUUGGUGCCUUUGUGGCCUUCAUCAGACUGUGGUCUUCCUUGCUAAUUAUUGAACCAACAACCCAGGCAGUGAUAGCAAUCACGUUUGCUAACUACAUUGUUCAACCAAUUUUUCCUCAUUGUGAGCCACCGUAUGAUGCAGUCAGGUUGAUUGCAGCUGCUUGUAUUUGUUCCUUAACAUUUAUUAAUUGUGUUAAUGUGAAGUGGGGAACCCGUGUACAAGAUGUUUUCACAUAUGCAAAAGUUAUGGCUCUUAUCUUGGUGAUAUCUGUUGGCCUUUACAAAAUUGGUAAAGGAGAAACAGAAAACCUGAGAGCUCCGUUUGAGGGCUCAGCAACAAACCCAGGGAUGAUUGCGCUGGCUCUCUACUCUGCCCUCUUCUCCUACUCAGGAUGGGACACGCUCAACUACGUCACUGAGGAAAUGCAGAACCCCGAGAGGAAUCUACCUCUUUCUAUCGCAAUUUCAAUGCCUAUUGUGACUGUUAUUUACUUGCUGACUAAUAUAGCAUACUACGUAGUGUUGGACAUGUCAGCUCUCCUCACAAGUGACGCAGUGGCUGUGACGUUUGGCGGUGAAACCCUUAGUUAUGCUAAGUGGAUAAUUCCUAUAGCAGUGGCCAUGUCUUGCUAUAGUGGCUUAAACUCAUCAAUAAUUGCAGCAUCUAGGCUUUUUUAUGUUGGAGCCAGGGAAGGACACCUUCCUGACAGUCUGAGCCUGAUUCAUAUAACGUGCUUCACGCCAGUCCCGGCUCUCCUCUUCAAUGGCUUAAUGACUUUGCUUUAUCUCCUUGUGGAAGAUGUUUUCCUCCUCAUUAAUUACUACUGCUUCAACUACUGGCUCUUUGUGGGUCUGUCUAUUGCAGGACUGAUAUAUUUGAGAUAUACUCAGCCACAUAGACCACGGCCUAUUAAACUUAACCUCUUCUUCCCUAUAGUAUACUGUUUAUGUUCCCUUUUCCUGGUCAUAGUUCCUCUCUACAUGCCAGUUGAAAAACGACCUAAAUGUCUACAGUGGCUUUCUGCUACAACAACAAAAUAUGUUCAGAUACUCUUCUACUGUGCUCUGUCAGACCUGGACAUAGACAUGGAACCCACAGCAGCUAAGAGUAAAUAG